AUGACACCAUAUAUAACGUUUAGAUUAAUAAAAUUGACAUUGUACUCAUGGUUUUUCUAUCUUUUACUAUCCAGCAGAAUACAAUUAUCUAAUAAUGCAUCAUUGAAUGCUUUCACUAAAUCCCAUAAAGUCACAUCUCCAAAGGUAAUGAACAUAUUGAUUGCUCAUCCUGAUGACGAAGUAAUGUUUUUCGCACCAACUUUAUCACAAUUACAAACUUUAAAUCAUACUAACUUAUCAUUUAAUAUUUUUUGUUUUUCAAAUGGUGAUGCUGAUGGAUUAGGUUCAAUAAGAGCUAAAGAAUUAAAUGAAUCAAUCUCUUUACUAUUAAGAGGCCAACAAUAUUCUGUUCAUUUGUUCGAUCAUAAAGAUGGAAUGAAUGAAACUUGGGACGAAAAUUUAAUGUUAUCACAAUUGGAAACUGUAAUCGGAGAUAUUGAUAAUCCUUUGAUUCUAACAUUUGAUUCAAAGGGUGUCUCGGGACAUGUGAAUCAUAGAACAUGUCAUUCUGUAGCAAUGACUUAUAAAUCAUUACAUCCAGGUACUGCUUUGUUUCUUUUAGAUAGUUAUGGCAAUAAUAUCAUUAAAAAAUAUUCGGCAUUUGUAUUUGAAUUAAUGAAAGUUAUAUUAACAUUCUUAUUAGAACUGUAUGAAAAGAUUUUCCAAAAUAAAUUUCUUCCAACUUUCUUAAUUCAUUAUUAUAAUCAGCAUACAAAUAAUGAUAAAUUAACAUUUUUCAUUCCAUUCCCAAAAUAUGCGUUUGCUUAUGCCACCAUGUUAAAUGCUCAUCAAUCACAAGUUGUUUGGUUUAGAUACGGUUGGUGGGCUUGUUCUAGAUUUGUUUUCGUUAAUGAUUUACAUGUAGUAUGA